GCUCUUGUAUCACUAAGAAUCUGGCAGUCAGUUCCGUCCUAACAGAGUUCACAGCAUAUAUUGGUGGAUUCUUGUCCACAGUGCAUCUGCUUUAAGAAUUAACAAAAGCAGUGUCAAGACAGUAAGGGCUCAGAGUAUUUGCUGAAAAUGAAUGUAGGUGCACUUACUUUCUUCUUGGCUUUGGCCAGUAGUGCCAGUGGGUAUUACUACGAUUAUGAUUACUAUCCCGCCUUUCUACGCUCCUCACCCAACUGUGCACCAGAAUGCGAUUGCCCAGAUAACUACCCCACUGCCAUGUACUGCGACGAGCUGAAGCUGAAGAGUGUGCCAAUGGUUCCUCCUGGAAUCAAGUACCUUUACCUUCGGAAUAACCAGAUCGAUCAUAUUGAUGAGAAGGCCUUUGAGAAUGUCACUGAUCUGCAGUGGCUUAUUCUAGAUCACAAUCUUCUAGAAAAUUCCAAGAUAAAAGGGAGAGUUUUCUCCAAACUGAAACAGCUGAAGAAGCUGCAUAUAAACUACAACAAUCUGACAGAAUCUGUGGGCCCACUUCCCAAAUCUCUGGAGGAUCUGCAGCUCACUAAUAACAAGAUCACAAAGCUCGGGUCCUUUGAAGGACUGGUAAACCUGACUUUCAUCCACCUUCAACACAAUCAGUUGAAAGAGGAAGCCAUUUCAGCUGCUUUGAAAGGUCUUAAAUCACUUGAGUACCUUGACUUGAGUUUCAACCAGUUAACCAAACUUCCAUCGGGUCUGCCUGUGUCUCUUUUAACUCUCUACCUGGACAAUAAUCAGAUUAAAAACAUCCCUGACGAGUAUUUCAAGCGUUUUGGUGCACUGCAAUACCUGCGUUUAUCUCACAAUGAACUUGCUGAUGGGGGGAUACCUGGGAAUACUUUUAAUAUAUCAUCCCUGCUGGAGCUGGAUCUCUCCUACAAUAAGCUUAAAAGUAUACCAACUGUGAGUGAAAACCUUGAAAACUAUUACUUGGAGGUCAAUGAACUUGAAAAGUUUGAAGUAAAGAGCUUCUGUAAGAUCCUAGGACCACUGUCCUACUCCAAGAUCAAGCAUUUGCGCUUGGAUGGCAACCUCCUAACGCAGAGCAGCCUGCCACCGGAUAUGUAUGAAUGUCUACGCGUAGCAAAUGAAAUCACUGUUAAUUAAUAUCUGCUCAUUGCAAUUAUACUGAGGUAUAUCCUGGAGUGGUACUUCAUGGAGUUUUUUUGUAUGUAAAGUUUUCAUAGUAUCCAUUUUUGUUGCUGUUUAUUAAUUCCAAUAAUUUUAAAUUCUGAGGGAAAAUGUUUUGUAAACAUUUCCUACUUUUAUUUUAAAAGAUGAAAAGCAGGCCUAUUUCAUCAAAAGAACACACACAAGCAGACAUGAAACUUAAUUCUUUGUUUGUCAAUGUACUGUUUUCUGUAUCUGUAUUGUCCAAAGAUAUGCAAAGCCUUAUAUUCCUGUCAUGGAAGUCAACCAAGUUUUAUAACAUUUAAGUGUUAAUGUACUCAAAUCGUGGGUUAAAUAUGUAUGGGUAUGUGCCACUUUGAUCCAGAUUUCCUUACUAUGUUCAAAUUUGUGUUGGUGAAAAAUAGGUGGCAGAAUCAGAGGUCAGUAAUUUUGCAAAAUACUAAACAAAAUUUAUGAAGCCAUAUGCACCUAAACAAGUAUUUUCAGUGCUAAGAAUUUACUUAUUUACAUAGCAAAACUUUUCCACAAUUUAUUCUAAGUCAUGUAUGUUUCUUUUUGAUUAUUUGCAUGUUGUUUAACAAGCUAAUAGCAAAAUAAAACAUAGCAAAUGGCA